GUAUAGAUUUGGAGAUGCCAUUGACAGCCACGGCGAGAUCGUCCGCUCCACCUUGGCGCCCGUGCCAGAGGCGCUGCACCACCAUGUUGGCCGCCGCACCACCACGGUGGUAGUUGGCUAUCAUGUCUUGCUUCUCCUUCAAGAGAGCGUCGCGCGUUGGCUGCGCCAGCUGCAGCCGCUGCAGCCGCUGCAGCCGCCGCAGCAUCACCAGCUCCAACCAUUACACGCAGACGACAACGGUGGUCGCAGCGGCUCGCCUCAAGUCGCGGUGCUUGUCUCCGACAACUGGUGUGUGACGGACGAUUACAAGUGCCGAGUGCCCGGCAAGUCGCGGCGCUGGGCCCAGCGCGGCGGACGAGCAGGCGGGCCGCCGCUAUCAUGCCCCAAGCAGGCCGCCUCUGUCGGGAGAUGCCGAUGCAUCGCGCACGCGUUGCCUGGUUGGAUCGAUUGUGCGCCCGUCCCGUCGAAGGAGGAGGUGCAGGAGACGUGGCGACUCUACCUGGAGCAGGCAAACGAGUCGUGCGCAAAGAGCGGCCCGUCGACUGGUCUCGCCGCCGCGAUCCACUUUCUCCGCCGCUGCAAGAGAGUUACGCUGUUUGGCUUUGGUCUUCCGUCGCGUGGAGGUCACUACUGGGAUAGCAAGAAGAAGCUAAAUUCCGACGUCGACGCCCCACGAGAGGUGCGCGAACGGUUACUACUGGGUGAUGGCGGACGCAUGCCCCUCGGCGCUACGAGGAGCCCACCGCCGUAGGUGCGGAUGUGGCACAAGCUGCGCGAGCUUCACUUUCCGCGCUUGUCAAUCGCGGGCUUCAACGAGACGCGAAACUAGGGCGGUGUCGGGUGAUUUUGAAAUCGAUCGUGGACACGGCUCAC